AUGUCGAGCGACCACUACAAGUACGACCCAUCAUUCGCAGCUGCGGCUAUUUUCAUAGUGGGCUUCACGGGCUCGGCAUUAUUCCACACGUAUCAAAUCUUCAAGUUGAAAGCGUGGUUCUUCAUUCCAUUCUUGAUCGGUUGUAUUGUUGAAAUAAUUGGAUAUGGCGCAAGAGCAGUCAACGCAAAGCAACCCUCUGGGGAAUGGACCCAGGGCCCAUACAUCAUCCAGGCUCUCCUACUGCUUCUCGGACCUCCAUUCUACGCUGUAUCGAUUUACAUGGUUCUUGGGCGGCUUAUAACGCUUUUGGACGCGGAAAAGUAUUCCAUCAUCAGGACAAAAUGGUUGACCAAAUUCUUCUUACUUGGCGAUGUCGCUUCUAUCGCUGGCCAGGGAAUGGGUGGUGCUAUGCUUGCAGGCGCAAACAGCAAAUCAUCCCGAGACAGAGGACAGAUGAUCAUUAUCAUCGGCCUUGUGAUUCAAAUCCUUUUCUUCAGCCUUUUCAUGAUCGUCACUCUUAUCUUCCACCGUCGCAUCCACCGCAAGCCCACGAAUGCAAGCCGGAAGCUGAUGUCUCCAUGGGACAAGCUCCUUAUGGUUCUGUACGGCACGAGUGGACUCAUUAUGAUCCGAUCGGUCUUUCGAGUUAUCGAGUACAUCAUGGGUGAGGACGGAGUGCUCAUGUCCAAGGAAAUCUUCAUCUACUUGUUCGAUGCGUCUUUGAUGCUCAUUACUUCCAUCGCUUUCAACGUUUUCCACCCCUCUCGCAUCAUCACAAAGGAAAAGGGACGACCUCUCGGAAGCUCGGACUCCGAGCACCAGUUCCAGACUUACGACAUGGAGAGGCAAAACGCCAUGGGGCAUCAUUAA